AUUAUCUUAAAUGUGAUGUAUCUGAAAAUAAUUGAGCAGGGCCGACUGAGAAGAAUACUGGCUGCAGUCCUGUGCCUCUUCAGCCUCCUGGUGCAAGGAGAAGCGUUCAACUGGCCUCACUGGGGCAGGUGUAAGAACCUACCCGUAGAACAAGAUUUUAAUGUAUAUGAUUACAUGAGUUACUGGUAUCAGCAAGCUGGCUACAACACGGAAGAUAUCCAGUACAACCUGCGAUGUGUGCACGCUCUUUACCAGUUUGAUUCGAGCAAUAACGUCGUCUCUGUUGACAAUAUGGCGAUAAGAAACAUAGACAACAAACAUCAAGGUAUAAACGGAACUGCCGUACUGGCUGACCCCAGCAAGGAUGAGGGCAGGCUGGUAGUGACCUUUCACCCGUAUUGGUGGUUUACAGUAAAAGGCAACUACUGGGUACUGGGUACAGAUUACCAGAGUUAUUCUGUCGUCUAUAGCUGUAGCAACUUCUUCUUCUUCUUUCACUAUGACUCAAUUUGGUAUCUCAGCCGUGAGCAAAACUUUCCACCCAGGACAGAGGCACUUUAUUUCAAUGCUACCAACAGUGUUUUAAUAGCGAACGGCUUGGACCCUUCAAUCUUGAAGAGGACGUCUCAGCAAAACUGCAAUGUAUAACACAACUUGUAAAAGAUAAUGACAAAAUAUACAUUUACAUUUUUAACUUUACCUUAAAGCAAUCAACGUUAACUUAAUGUUUAAAAAUUGCAUAAACUUUUAAAGUAUUCCUUAAUUAUCAAAACAUUUGGAAAACAUAUUUUUUGAAUCGUAAUAAUAAAUAAGUAAAAAUGUUAAUAUAAUUUUGUUAAUACAAUAAAAAAGGAAAUAAAAAAAAUAUUAUAGCUCUAUGGUACAUUUAAAGUUUUGGAUUUGUUUUAUUUUUAGUUGCAAGUUUUUUACUACUAUCAAAUUGCAUAUACAUUUUUGUAAUUUGAGUAAUAAGCGCCAUUUUAAAUUUGA